AUGCAGCGGAGUCAUUUCUCUCGAUGCCUACAACGCAUUAGGCUGAGAUGCACAGUGGGAACUCGGGAGUACUCAAUCCAAUCUCACCAGCCACCUCCGUGGAGGCCUGCCGCCGUUCUAGAUGAAUGGGUGGAGCGUGAAGUUAGGCCCAUCAGUUUGCGUCAAUUGACUUUCUUUGGCCGCACAUUGACGGAGUCGCGUCUGAUUAGCUCUGCAAAUUAUGUCCGGACAGAGCUCCCUACGAGGUACGCCCCCUCUCUCUUACACGAGCGACAAUGCCCUGACUCCACCCUGCUCGACAGAAUCGCGCAUCGGCUUCGGGACAUGCAGAAGUUGCCAUACGUUGUCGUUGCAAACCCCCACAUAUCCCACGUCUAUGAGCUCUACUACAAGGCCUUCGAGAGGUUCAGGGUCGUUCCCGAGAUCAGAACCUUGGAUGACAAUGACCGAUAUUGCGAUAUUUUGCGGGAGACUCUAAAAGAGCAUCUGACGGUCAUUCCUAAUUUAGCAAUGGGCGUUCUGGAAUGCCAGGGACUGGUCGAGCCUGACGAGAUGGACCGUUUCAUGAACACCAUGCUCCGCGCGAGGAUCUCUCGUCGGGUUAUUGCAGAACAGCAUCUCGCCCUCACCGAAACUUUCAACUCGCCUUGGCAUUUCCCGGAUUCUAUGGCGCGAACAGACCUCAAUGCGGAUUUCGUUGGAGAAGUGUUCCUGAAAUGCAAUGCGAAGGACGUAGUCGAACGAUGUGGGAAGCUCGCACAGGACCUCAUGAAACAGAGUUCUGGGUCAAGUCAGAUCCCAGCUAUCAACGUACAGGGACAUCUUGGUGCCACAUUCCCUUACAUUCUGAGCCACCUAGAGUAUAUCAUUGGGGAACUGUUGCGCAAUUCGAUACAAGCCGUGAUGGAGAAAUAUCAGGACUCCUCCACGCCACCUCCGCCAAUCGAAGUUCUCAUCUGCGAAGCACCCCAGCAUGUGAUUAUGCGGAUUUCCGAUCAGGGUGGAGGUAUCCCACGCGAGAUCUUGCCAUAUUUGUGGUCUUUCAGCAAAGGACCACGUACCAAAAGUCGCCUGGAGAAUCUGGGACAGGUGCCCACCAUGGCUGCUACCAUGCAGGAAUUAACAGUCCCAGUGGACCGAAAGACUGCUGACCGAGAGACGUAUCGCGAGAGUUCCCUGGCGUCAUUGAGUUCGCGACCUCCGAACCUUCGGCUUGGCAUGGGUUUACCUAUGAGCAGGGUGUAUGCGGAGUACUGGGCUGGUAGCCUUGAAUUGCACAGCCUCGAAGGCUACGGUGUCGAUGCUUUCCUUCAGAUAUCAAAACUUGGCAACAAGAAUGAACAGGUGACUACAAGGGCAGCGCUGGAUGCUGUAUGA